AUGGCAGGCGCUGGUCCUUCUGUGGCUAUAGGGAACUUUAUGCAGGACUUUCAUAGGUCCCAGGGCCAAGUGACUCAACUGUUGACGUUCAACUUUCUUCUCCUUGGUAUUGGCAACAUGUUCUGGGUUCCAAUCGCCUUGAAAUUUGGCAAGAGAACAUCACUUUUGGUAGCAAUGACCUUGCAGAUGGGCGCUCUGAUUUGGUGUGCGCUCGCCAAAGGCUUCGAUAGCUUGCUCGCUGCCCGAAUCGUACUUGGUUUUGCUGCUGCCGCUGGGGAGAGCAUUGUUCCCGAGAUAGUCGCAGAUCUCUUCUUCCUCCAUGAACGGGCCACCAUGAUGUCCAUAUAUGUUAUCUUGAUAUCCUGUGGGACUGCUGUUGGUCCUCUCGUUGCAGGCUUUAUGGUUCAGUAUACUGCACAAACUUGGAGGAGUUACUUUUGGCUCUGUGUCGGCUUGGCCGCUGCCAACCUGGUCCUCCUAUUCUUCUUUUGCCCAGAAAGCAACUUUCGCCGACCCGAUUGCGAACUUGACACCCAGAUGGAACUUCAACACGCCAUCGACGAUGAGGAGUUGGCUGGAAAAUUGAGUUCCAGUUUUGUCGAAAACGUUUCUGGAGGCAACUUGGGGUACACUAUUCAUCUCUUGCCACUCAAGGAACGCCUUAACUUGGUUCGAUACGAUACCAGCAUAAGUCUCUUGAGAACCUUUGUCGAGCCCCUUCGAUUAUUGCGCCAUCCAUCCGUCCUGUGGACUAUUUAUGCUUACGGAUGCUCCCUGAGCCCGCAGAUUAUCAUGAUAUUUACCAUGUCCACGCUCCUUACACCUCCACCAUAUGAUUUCUCAUCCACGGAUAUAGGGCUUAUGGAGAUAGCUGCGAUAAUAGGCUUUUUGGUAGCCUGCUUCGGUGGCGGGUAUCUUUCCGAUAAAAUCACCGGAUAUAUUAUUAGAAAAAACCGCUGCGUGACUAGACCUGAGCAACGCCUCGUCUCGUUGCUUCCUGGAAUGUUCAUUGCCCCAGCAGGGUGUAUAGUACUUGCCUUCGCGUGUCAAGAGAAGCUCAGUUGGGUUGCGAUAGCCUUUGGAUUCGCAAUGGUCUCAUUUGGAGAAGUCUACACACCAAACAUCGCUCUUACCUAUGUGGUUCAUCGCCAUCAGAAGCAUGCCGCACAGUGCCUCGUUCUCAUCAAUAUCUUUAAGAACAUUCUCGCUUUCAUAUUCUUGUACGAAGCCGUCCCUUGGGUCACUUCUCAGGGCUUCACUCAGGUUUAUAUGAUCAUGUUCAUGUUAAACAUGCUUACCUUGGCCCUGGCUGUGCCACUCUACUUCUACGGACCUCGGGAGCGGGAAUGA